UGGUUUGUAAGCAUUCUGAUUGGAUACGCGCUGCAAUGGGAAGACGCAUGCGCCUGUGUCUUUGAGCUUGGUGAACAGGCAGCUGCAACAGAGCAAGGAGACAGUAGCCACAUUACAUUGUACUGUACAUAAGAGCAAAUAUUAAGCUGUGUGGAUGGGAUGGAAGCUGGACCUUCUACUGCAGCCCCGAGUGGCUAUGUUCCACCCCUACAGCAAGUGUUCCAGGCCCCACGAAGGCCAGGAAUUGGUACUGUGGGGAAACCUAUUAAAUUACUUGCCAAUUACUUUGAGGUGGACAUUCCCAAGAUUGACGUGUAUCACUAUGAGGUGGACAUCAAACCAGAUAAAUGUCCUCGCCGCGUAAACAGGGAAGUUGUAGAGUACAUGGUACAGCACUUUAAACCACAAAUUUUUGGAGACCGAAAACCAGUUUAUGAUGGAAAGAAGAAUAUUUACACUGUCACAGCACUUCCUAUUGGCCAUGAACGGGUUGAUUUUGAGGUAACUAUCCCUGGAGAAGGGAAAGAUAGGAUUUUUAAGGUAUCUAUAAAAUGGAUGGCAGUGGUGAGUUGGAGGAUGCUUCAUGAGGCACUUGGGAGUGGACGAAUUCAGCUGCCCAUGGAGUCUGUGCAGGCCUUGGAUGUAGCGAUGAGGCACUUGGCGUCAAUGAGGUACACCCCCGUUGGGCGCUCUUUCUUCUCUCCACCUGAGGGCUAUUAUCACCCUCUUGGGGGUGGGCGGGAGGUUUGGUUUGGUUUCCAUCAGUCUGUGCGUCCAGCCAUGUGGAACAUGAUGCUCAAUAUUGAUGUUUCAGCAACUGCCUUCUACAAAGCCCAGCCUGUCAUAGAGUUCAUGUGUGAGGUACUGGAUAUACGAAACAUCGAUGAACAGCCAAAACCUCUCACAGAUUCUCAGAGAGUCCGCUUUACAAAGGAGAUCAAAGGCUUAAAAGUAGAAGUUACCCACUGUGGGCAGAUGAAGAGAAAGUACAGAGUGUGUAAUGUUACGCGGAGGCCUGCGAGUCAUCAGACGUUUCCCCUACAGUUGGAGAGUGGUCAAACUGUUGAAUGCACAGUAGCGCAGUAUUUUAAGCAGAAAUAUAACCUACAGCUAAAGUACCCCCACCUUCCGUGUCUUCAAGUGGGACAAGAGCAGAAACACACAUAUCUACCUCUGGAGGUCUGUAACAUUGUCCCUGGCCAGCGAUGUAUUAAGAAGCUGACAGACAAUCAGACCUCUACUAUGAUCAAAGCUACAGCACGAUCUGCUCCAGACAGACAGGAGGAGAUCAGCAGACUGAUGAAGAAUGCCAGUUACAAUUUGGAUCCAUACAUUCAGGAAUUUGGGAUCAAAGUCAAAGAUGACAUGACUGAGGUCACUGGGCGAGUUCUCCCGGCACCCAUUCUUCAGUAUGGAGGAAGAAACAGAGCAAUUGCCACUCCUAACCAAGGUGUCUGGGACAUGCGAGGGAAACAGUUCUACAAUGGCAUUGAGAUAAAAGUCUGGGCAAUUGCCUGUUUUGCUCCACAGAAACAAUGCAGAGAAGAAGUGCUGAAAAAUUUUACUGACCAGCUUCGGAAAAUCUCAAAGGAUGCAGGAAUGCCAAUCCAGGGCCAGCCAUGCUUCUGUAAAUAUGCGCAGGGAGCAGACAGUGUGGAACCCAUGUUCAGGCACUUGAAAAACACAUAUUCUGGACUACAGCUUAUUAUAGUUAUUCUGCCAGGAAAAACACCUGUAUAUGCGGAAGUGAAACGUGUUGGGGAUACAUUGCUUGGGAUGGCCACUCAGUGUGUGCAGGUGAAAAAUGUAGUUAAGACUUCUCCUCAGACUCUCAGCAACCUCUGUUUGAAGAUCAAUGUCAAACUGGGUGGGAUAAACAACAUUUUAGUACCUCAUCAACGGUACGUUACACCUUUAGUACCUCAUCAACGCUCAGCAGUCUUCCAGCAGCCAGUUAUAUUUCUUGGAGCAGAUGUGACCCACCCACCUGCUGGUGAUGGCAAGAAGCCCUCUAUUACUGCGGUUGUUGGUAGCAUGGAUGCCCACCCAAGCCGUUACUGUGCCACUGUGAGAGUUCAGCGACCUCGACAGGAGAUCAUCGAAGACCUGUCUUUUAUGGUGAGGGAAUUGCUUAUCCAGUUCUAUAAGUCCACACGCUUCAAACCAACUCGAAUCAUUUUCUAUCGCGAUGGGGUUCCGGAAGGGCAACUGCCCCAGAUCUUGCAUUAUGAGUUGCUGGCAAUUCGGGAUGCCUGUAUAAAAUUGGAGAAGGACUAUCAGCCUGGCAUCACAUAUAUAGUUGUGCAGAAACGCCACCACACACGGCUCUUUUGCGCUGACCGCAGUGAGAGAAUUGGAAAAAGUGGAAACAUUCCAGCAGGAACAACUGUUGACACCAACAUCACACACCCAUUUGAGUUUGACUUUUACCUGUGCAGUCAUGCCGGUAUCCAGGGAACAAGCCGUCCCUCUCACUACUAUGUGCUUUGGGAUGACAACCGAUUCACAGCAGAUGAGCUGCAGAUUCUCACUUACCAGCUGUGUCACACCUAUGUGCGCUGUACACGCUCUGUCUCCAUUCCCGCACCAGCCUAUUAUGCUCGAUUGGUGGCAUUUAGAGCAAGGUAUCACUUGGUGGAUAAGGAACAUGACAGUGGAGAAGGCAGUCAUAUCUCUGGACAAAGCAAUGGGAGGGACCCACAGGCCUUGGCAAAGGCAGUUCAAGUUCACCAGGACACCCUACGCACAAUGUAUUUUGCUUGAUGGACUUCAACAAACCUUUGAAAUGGAUGUCAUCUAUUUUCUGACUUUUUUUUUUUUUUUUUUUGCUUUAACAUGUACCUCAGUUGAUCAGAAGAGUAGGAUUGCCUUGGAUCUGAGCUCUAGACAAGAAGGGGUACCUCAUUGAAAAAAAACAAAACAACAACUUUAUAGAACUAAGCGAGUCCAGUGGGACCAAAUGCGAGAUCAAAGGACUCUUUUGAAGAUAUAUAUAUUGUUUGCAUGUUUGGAGAGAGGAUGUUUUUAAAACAACAUACAUGGAGAAUCUUCAUCCAAACUAAAAGGAAAUCCUGUUCCUGAUGCCACGGCAAAACUGUAUAACUUGAAAUGAAAUUGUACAAGUACUUUGUAUCAAGCUUAAGCCACUUUCUCCUGAAAAAAGGUCAUAUUUGGAGUGAGAACUAAAGAAGAAAAGAAGAAUAUUUAGAGCCUUAAAAUGAUUAGUCUGUUUUUCUCCCCCCUGUUAAUAAUGUAGUUCUAACAAGGUAACUCAUUGCAGCUUUGAAUAUCUCCCUUGUGGAAGCUCACUCACCACAUAUUUUACAUAAGACUAGCACUUAUAACUUACCCAGCACAAAAAUAUUUCUUAUGUUUUUGUGGCUAUGGAUAGAUUGCCCAACUUCAAAGUGGUUGAAUUUCUUUUAGAAACUUGAAUGCACUGGAAAAAGAACAUUUAGGAACUUGAUCAUUAAUUAGGCAGGUAUUUAAAAUUAUGAUUUGUGGGGCAUGGUACAGAGUAUAUUGCCAAUGCAGAAUUAAAGGCUCGCCUAUUCAUGUACCCCAAGAAUUGUUGGUGCCACGAGGCCUUUUUACUGUUAGACAAAAUGGAGGUAGGCAGCUUGAAGCAAUAGGUUGGUUUUAUCCAAUUAUUAACGGAGUCCUGUGUGCCUUCAUAACUCGGAGAAGAUGUUGAUCAGAGCUACAAAUGAACUUGGGUGCAAAGGCUGACAUCAUUGGUUUAACUGGGUAAUGGGGAGGGGGGAAGAGAAUUGUGCAAAGUGCCUUGAUCCUUUUUUGCUACAUGGGGCAUGAAUUUGCAUAUAAAUGCUCUUCAAAACUGCAGGAUGGAAGCAGUCACUAAAUAGAGGACCAGCUCCUAAUGAGGCAUUCCACAAACAUGUCUGGUUUGCAUUUUAUAAAUUACCUACAAUAGAGUGCAACUUGGAGAAGAGAUGUAGGGCUAGAACCCCACUGUUGGUUGUCAAAGCAAUAUUGCCAGAAUCAAGAUGAUACAAAUGUUACCGGGAAAUGUCCUUUCCCUAAAAACACUAUGGACACCAGCAAAAAAAAAACUGGGGGCCCUGGACAAAUAGAUACCAUAUUAUAUGGUGACUAGCUUUUUAUUUCAGUUUACAUAGCUAUCAUAAUGCCUCUUCUUUCUGGUAAUGGUAAGUAGCUGCGUUUAAAUGCUGUAAGUAGGAUUGCCACCUGCCCGGUAUUUUACCCUCAUUGCCAUCAAGGGAGUGUGUGCCUUAUGCUGGAUUUGGGAUAUUAACAAUAUCUUGUGAUGAGUAGGAUUACAAUUUUGAUGAUUGUCUACAUUUCAAGCCACUGUGAAAAUGAAGGCUAUGUAAGGUAGGCAACAAUCGCCAAGGAAGAACAUCAGCAUGCUACUGCCCAAUACCUUGCAAAAGUACACUGACAAAUAUGCAACAGUAUGGCAAUUUGCAGUUUGUGAGUUUAUUAACACUGAACCACUUGGUGGUGUUGUGUGUUGGAGAUCUGCAUUAGCAACACCGUUCUCAUUUAAUGGAAAUCCCACGUUUACACAUUUAACGUGUUUACCGGCAAGCAAUACUUUGCCUUUCAACUUAAGUAGUGAAGGGGUGUGACACGCACGACUAUGAGUGGUGUAGCACCCUAGAUUCUGAUUUCUGUAAUGGUUGUCGGUUAUGGAGUUAAUACAUCAUAGAAGCGUUAGGUGAUAUUUUCGUUAGUGAUAACUGAAGUGCCAAACUAUGGCGCUUUAUAGAGGGGCUGACUGAAGAGCAAUUCCUGUAAAUGUUUCCCUAAAAUAAUGGGUAUUAUGGUACAUGAAUUUGUCUGCUAUACAAACGGUGACUUUGGUUCUCCAGCUGUCUGGAAAAACAGUUCUUGUCUUCUUUGGCAAUAACCACCACCUACAUUUGGUAGCCAGACUCAUCAUAUCUGCUUUUGUUUUUAUGUUUUUUACAUUGUUCAUAUUGUAUUUUAGUAUUUAUUUCAGUAAAUGUUUUUAAUCU